AGCCAUUUUGGCUCAAGCCGUGUGUUCCGCCCGCUUUCGCGCUCGCGGGGCCGCUUGGGAUGGCACGGGAUGCUGCUGCCUCACCCGAGGAUCGUGCAGCAGGUGGUGGAGGCCGACGGCGUGGCGCUGCGGGCGCCCGUGCCUCUGCUGAUGCUCUCAUCGCGAAGCUCCUGGCCGAGGUGGCUCGGCUGCGGGCGCUGCUAGGGCCUGGCGAGGGGGAGACCUUGGACGCCGAGGUCGCUCGCCGCGAGGCACUUGCGCGGCCUGCGCUGCGAGCCAGAGUGGCUGGCCAGGAGGAGCCGCAUGAGGAGCGGCUGGUACGCAACGUCGCCCUUCAUGCACGUCGAUGCCCGCCCGCAGGUGCGCCGCUACGGGAGUGGCGCAGUGCGCAGAAGGGCCCCAGACUGCAAGGGGCGUGCAAAGGCAGCGCGGCGGCACCGGCAGCAAUUCCGGCUGUGCAGGCGCUCCUGGAAGGGGAGGGCGGAGCCUCCGAGCCUCCGCAGUGCCCCGCUGGAGCUGGCACUUGGCGCAUGGACGCGCUAGAGGCCGUGCUGGCCAGGAGUGCAGGCAGGCGGAAAGAGCUCAACGCGGCGGCUGCGGAGUUCAUUCCGUCGGGAGGGCGCUGGGUGCUGCUUCCCCAGCCUGCUGCACUCCCCGAUGUGGUGCACGUGGGCGUGCGAUGCACCUGCGGUGCCGUGGCCUUCACGAGCGUGCAGGAGCCUGCCGCCGAGGGGUGCAGCCUGCCGCGGAUGCCGCUGGCCGAGGGCCCUGCGGGGAUGACUGCCCAGGCGUUGGCCGAGGGCGGAGGCGCUGUUCGGGCCCCUACGGGGGAUGGCUGCCCUGCCGCUGUGGCCGCGGGCGCUUCGCAGGCGGCUGUGCCUGUGGACGGUGCGAGUCACGGUGCCACCCCAGCGGGCCUAGUACCUCGGGGCUUGGGAACGUUUCCCAUCUGUUCUCCUGUAUGUUCGAGCGGCAUCAGCGAGAAGAUGUGGAGAGCAAGGUCGGAGAUUUUCCGCACGUGGUUGGAGCCGCCCCUGCUGGACGCUCGGCGCCAGGCGAGGGUCUCGGAGAGGAUUCCAUUUCUGUCCUCUCGCUGUGCAUUACUUCAUUUUCUGGUGCUGCCUUUGUAUGCUCUAUUUCACGUGUUCUUUGGACGCUGGGAGUGAACGCUGAUUUUAGCAUGUGUCGUAUGUGGCUUUCAGGUCUUUGCACAUUCAGAGGAUUGAUUGUGGCUUCCUGGCACAGUAUCUGCGAUUUAUUCUUCUUGUUUUCGAAGCACGGUGAGAUCAGGCAUGCAUGUGUCUGCAUCAGGGUGUGGAGUUGCCAACCGAAGGAUCGAUGUUUUCUCCUGGAAGGAGGGGUGCUUUGAGUGGAUUCGCUUUACAUGUCGGCCGCGGAUUGCUGUUUGUAGCGGAAGACUGUGCAUUGCUCGUAAGCGUUGAAUGUGGCCUCCUGGUACACCAUAGAGUCAUUGUAUGCGGCUUCCUGGCGCCAGAGCAUGCAUCAGUCGUGCGCGGCAGCAGCUUCUCGCUCGCCUCUGUCAAUCGUGUCCCUCCUUGCGUCUCUCCUCCAAGAGAGUGAUUGCAUCGAUGUUCCACCUCCUCCCUCCCCGCCUCCGUAUUAUCAUGCAUCCGCAGGCCUGUCCCGUCACAGCCUGCACUGCGUUUG